GCUGGUGAUGCUGGAACAAAUAUGGCCGCCCCGGCGCCCGUCGGCUCUUCGGGCUCCCGCAGUCCUCGGCUGGCCGCCGGCCUUCGGCUGUUUCCACUACUGGGGCUGCUGCAGCUGCUGGUCGAGCCUGGCCUGGGCCGCGUCCACCACCUGGCGCUCAAGGAUGAUGUGAGGCAUAAGGUUCAUCUGAACACCUUUGGAUUCUUCAAGAAUGGGUACAUGAUGGUGAAUGUCAGUAGUCUUUCAGUGAAUGAACCUGAAGGAGCCACAGACAAGGACGCAACUAUUGGAUUCAGCCUAGACCGCACAAAGAAUGAUGGAUUUUCUUCUUAUCUGGAUGAAGAUGUGAAUUACUGUAUUUUAAAGAAACAGUCUGCCUCUGUCACCCUUCUAAUCCUAGACAUCUCCAGAAGUGAAGUGCGAAUAAGAUCUCCACCAGAAGCUGGUACCCAGUUACCAAAGAUCAUCUUCAGCAAGGAUGAGAAAGUCCUUGGUCAGAGCCAGGAGCCUGGUGUUAACGCUGUUUCAGCAGGCAGCCAGACUCAGAAAAAACAAGACAGUGGAAAGCCUGAAAGAAGUACAGUGGAUUCAAAGGCAACAGGAGAGAAAUCCUUUUCUGUUCGUAAUAAUGAUGGGGCAGUUUCAUUUCAGUUUUUCUUUAACAUCAGCACUGAAGACCAAGAAGGCCUCUACAGUCUUUAUUUUCAUAAAUGCCCUGGAAGUGAAAUACGGUCUAGUGACAAGUUUUCAUUCAGCCUCGAUAUCGAGAUCACAGAGAAGAAUCCUGACAGCUACCUCUCAGCGGGAGAAAUUCCUCUCCCCAAAUUAUACAUUUCUAUGGCCUUUUUCUUUUUGCUCUCUGGGACCAUCUGGAUCCACAUCCUUCGAAAACGACGGAAUGAUGUAUUUAAAAUUCACUGGUUGAUGGCCGCCCUUCCUUUCACCAAGUCUCUUUCCUUGGUGUUCCACGCAAUCGACUACCACUAUAUCUCCUCCCAGGGCUUCCCGAUGGAAGGGUGGGCUGUGGUGUACUACAUCACUCACCUCUUGAAAGGGGCCCUGCUGUUCAUCACCAUCGCACUCAUUGGCACCGGCUGGGCUUUCAUUAAGCACAUCCUUUCUGAUAAAGACAAAAAGAUCUUCAUGAUUGUCAUCCCACUUCAGGUCCUGGCAAAUGUGGCCUAUAUCAUCAUAGAGUCCACCGAGGAGGGGACGACUGAGUAUGGCUUGUGGAAGGAUUCUCUGUUUCUGGUGGACCUGCUGUGCUGUGGAGCCAUCCUCUUCCCGGUGGUAUGGUCAAUCAGACAUUUACAAGAAGCAUCAGCAACAGAUGGAAAAGCUGCCAUUAACUUGGCAAAGCUGAAACUUUUCAGACAUUACUACGUCUUGAUUGUAUGUUAUAUAUACUUCACCAGGAUUAUUGCAUUUCUCCUCAAACUUGCUGUUCCGUUCCAGUGGAAGUGGCUCUACCAGCUCCUGGAUGAAAUGGCCACGCUGGUGUUCUUUGUCCUAACGGGGUAUAAGUUCCGUCCAGCUUCAGAUAACCCCUACCUACAACUUUCUCAGGAAGAAGAUGACUUGGAAAUGGAAUCUGUAGUGACCACGUCAGGGGUGAUGGAGAAUAUGAAGAAAGUCAAGAAGGUGACCAACGGCUCGGUGGAGCCGCAGGGUGAGUGGGAAGGCAGCGCGUGACGGAGGAGCUCCGAGGCGGCACUGUCAAAGGAAACGGUUUAUUC